CGUUUUAAAUCGGAAAAACGAUCCUUGCAUCACCACGAUGGGCAGGGAAGACAGGGCCACCUGGAAGGCUAAUUACUUUGUAAGAAUCACCGAACUACUUGACGAGUAUCCCAAAUGUUUCUUGGUCGGCGUCGACAAUGUCGGCUCGAAACAAAUGCAAGAGAUCCGUCAGGGUAUGAGAGGGCAUGCGGAAAUUUUGAUGGGUAAGAACACGAUGAUUCGUAAGGCGAUUCGUGGGCAUAUGCACUCGAAUCCGGAUUUAGAGAAGUUACUUCCGCACAUCGUUGGCAACGUUGGUUUCGUUUUCACCAAAGAAGACCUGUGCGAAAUCCGAACCAAAUUGUUGGAGAACCGAAGAGGUGCUCCAGCAAAGGCUGGCGCAAUUGCGCCAUGUGACGUAAAGCUGCCACCGCAGAACACUGGAAUGGGUCCAGAGAAGACCUCUUUCUUCCAAGCGUUGCAAAUACCAACGAAAAUCUCCAGAGGUACCAUCGAAAUUCUCAACGAGGUGCAUCUGAUCAAAGAGGGCGAAAAAGUGGGUGCCUCUGAAGCGGCACUACUUAACAUGUUGAACAUUAUGCCAUUCUCGUACGGUUUGGUUGUGCAACACGUGAGUUUAUUCAUUCAGUUCUUAUUGGUUUAUGAUAAUGGUACGGUGUUCACACCGGAGGUGCUGGAUAUGACCGACGAAGAAAUCAGACAGAGAUUCUUGGUUGGUGUUCGAAAUGUGGCAGCAGUGUCGCUGGCAAUCGGACAUCCAAGCAUGGUUUCAGUACCGCAUUCGAUUGCUCGCGGUCUCAAGAAUAUGCUGGCCAUUGCCGUCGAGGCCGAUGUACCGUUGAAAGAGGCUGAAAAGAUCAAAGAAUAUUUGGCCGAUCCAUCGAAAUUCGCUGUAGCGGCUCCAGCUGCAAGUGCCGCAGCCCCGGCUGCAGCCUCUGAAGCAGCUCCGGCUAAGAAGGAAGAGGAGAAAGAGGAAGAAUCCGAGGAUGAAGACAUGGGUUUCGGUCUCUUUGACUGAUGUGAGGGGAGUGAUUCAUGAGGGUGUUGAGUGGAUGGGAUGAAUUGUUGUAAUGGUGUUUGUUGAAGAGGUGUUAGUCCUCAUUUGUUGUAGUUUUGUGUGAAGGCACUUCAAUGUUUAUUUGUUUAUUUGCGGCAAUACAAUCGGAAUAAUAAAAU